GUCGUUGUACAUCGACUACAUCGUGCUCGCUUCCUCGUCGCGUUCUGGUCUCGUACCACUAUCGCGCGUUCGCGGUUGUUAGAUCUCGCAUAUUUUUUUAUUCCUUCUCGAUCGCCGGAGAUUGAUUUUUUUUCCAUAACUAUCGUUUCAAACCCGACGUCCUGAGAUUUUAGUUUCUCGUCGUCAAAUUUGUUUCGAGAUUCUACGCUAUUGAGUGAUUAAAUCUCAUUUGUGGAUUGAUUUUCUUUCCAUUCUUUAUCCCCUCUACCCGUUUAGCUAUAUCUCUCUCUCCCUCUCUCUCUCUUACGAGCUUGAUUUUCGGCGAUGCUGCCCAACAUCCCUGUGUAACGAAAUGGACUUUCCCCGGGUAUCGAAGUGUAUUUCUCCAUCGACCAAUAGCGCUCCAGCACACCGGACGUUGCUAUUCCAAAUGUACCAAUGAACGACUCUGCUUCUCCGGAUGUUGAGAGUCUCGGCUUCUCUUAUUGGCUCAAACAACAUUUACACUUCAUAGUAUCCAAUCACGAUUUGUGCAUAACAGGAACUGCAAAAGGUCGUGACCUCCUCCAAGGCCAUUCAAAAGUACUGCAGCAGUUGGUGAUUCUUAUACAAGACAAAACUACUGCUGUGGCAAAAGAUGCUGCUCUUGCGCUGGUCAAUAUAUCUGGAGAUGAGGAUGGAGCUAAGGAGCUUCUGCAUGUAUCCGAAGCUUCGAAAGCAGCUUCCAAAAAGGACCAGACCGAACAUCUGGUACAUGUUUGCGUUAGAUUCAUUAUGGAUAAAAACAGUGUUCUGGCAGAUCCUUGCUGCAUGAUCUUGUCCAAUAUGACGAGACCAUCUAGUCUCGUCAACCGGAUGGUAACUCUUUUUGAAAACAGUGGAUUUUCUUGGGACUCCAUUGUCGCAGCAUUCACUGCAACGCAGUACAAUAAUGUUGGUGCCAAUCUACAUUAUUUGGGACCUGUCUUUAGUAAUCUUAGUCAGUCUCCGGAUGUCAGAAGAUUCUUGAUGGACAUAGAACUACGUCCUAUUCAGAGGCUUCUGCCCUUCACCGAAUACCCGGACAGUAUAGUUAGACGCGGUGGUAUUGUAGGAACCCUUAAGAAUUGUUGUUUCGACACGGACAAUCAUUCGUGGCUGUUGAGCCCCGAAAUCGACAUUCUGCCAUAUCUUCUUUUACCGUUGGCUGGACCGGAGGAAUUUGAUGAGGAAGAUAGCAAUAAAUUGCCAUUGGAUUUGCAAUAUUUACCAGAAACAAAGAAACGCGAAAGCGAUCCUGAUAUAAAGAUUAUGCUUCUUGAAGCAAUUGGUCUGCUGUGUACAACAAAGCAGGGACGACAAUUUAUUCGUGAUAAAAACGCAUACAUCAUCCUUCGGGAAUUUCACAAAGCUGAAAAAGAUCGCGCUGUUCUCCUUGCCUGUGAAAAUGUCGUUGAUAUUCUUAUCCGGACUGAGGAUGAAAUCGGUUUGGACAACAUAAAAGACGUCGACGUUCCUACCAAAUAUGUAGAAAAGUUCAAAAAAAUGGAUGAGGAUUUUGUCAAUGGUGAAUAAAAUCGAGCAGUGGUAAUAAAAUGCGAAAUUUGUAUAUAUUUAUAACGUUAAAAAAUCAAAAAAACUUGUAAUACUAUCUAAAUACAAUAGAUUAUUGUAUAUAAAAGUGUUUAAAAUAA